UCCUCCUUUCCUGCUGCUUUUCAUGUUUGUUUGGAUCUGCAACUGUCAGUGGACCACAUCAUCUUCCGAGGCCUGUUCGACUGUAGUUCUUCUCCCUCUUUCUUUCUUCGCUUAUUGCGUAUGUUCCCUCUGUUUCCCUUGAGGUUGGCCUUCAAUGAUGCACGAAUUCAUAUGAUUCUUACUUGAAAGACUCUUAAUCUCACUGAACUUAGCAUUGACAAUGAAUCCAUUUUCUUCUCAAUUUGCACAACCGCCGCGUCCUCCUCCUCCUUGGUUCCCAUUGUUACCACCUGAUCCACCAAAUUCAAGUGCUUUUUGGAACAACAGAAAUGUGCGCAAUCAGCUAAGUGAAUUGCAAGAUACUCUCAAUAUUGCAAAGGCAAUGCAAAAGGAACUGGAGAUGCUGAUGAUGAUCAAAGAGGGCAAAGGGUCUGCAGAAGAUGCAAAAGAUGGAUCAGCCGAGGCUUCUGUUUCUGAGUUUCAAAAAUAUCUUGAAGACAGAAGGGUUAGUUUGGAAACUCAAGAAUCACUGGCAGUUGAAGCAGCCAACUCUUUGAUGUUAAAGCUAAGAGCUCAACUGGAGCCAUUCAGAUAUAUUGCAGAUGAAACAAGUCCAUGGGAGGAGAAAUCUGCACCUGCUAGGUUGGAAAAUAAACUGCGGAAGAGUAAAAGGAAUAAAAUCUGGAGAAAAAGGAAGCGGAAGCGCAUUGCAGAAAUGCUGGCAAAGGAGCGUGAGCAAUUUGACCAAAUUGACCAAGAAGCUAAUGAAUGGAUGGCGAAAGAGAUUGCCAAGGACAUUGCAAAUAAAAAGGUGGAAAGGAUGAAAGAAAUUGCAAAGCUCAAAGCCAAAGAAGAGAAAAAGAAAUUGGAGUCUGAGCUUGAACUACUCUUAAUAGUGGAGAAGCUGCAAGAGUUGCGGUCCAUCAGGAUCCAGAAGAUGAAAAGACAAGGCUACUUUCUUCCCGAGGAGGACAAUAAGUUUCUUGAAAGGGUUCAAGCUGCAGUUGAGGAAGAGGAGCGCCAAGCUUUAGCUGCCGCUGAUACUGAUGCUGCUAGAGAAGCGAUCGUGUCUGCAGAGGAAUCCAGAAAAUCCAUUCAAAAUCAAGGAGAUAUUUUAAAAGGUCCGAGCAUUGAUGAUAAUGAUCUCCAGGAGAGCAAAGAGCAGAAAACUACCGGUGCAGAUGAAAAGGGCUUUGUUGCAGUUGAUGAGAAGGAAUCUAGUAAAAAAGGAUCUGACGGACAUGGCAGUAGGGGAGCAUAUGAUGGUGUCACUAACUUACCAAUUGAAUUCUAUCAUUAUUAUCAUGGCAGCAACAGUGAUAUGGGCACACUUAUCGAAGUAAAUUCUAAUUACUUCCUCUCCAAUCAAAUUCUGUAUGGCUUUCAACAUAGAAUCUCUUGGUUAGAAGAGGAUGGGAUGCUUACAUCAGACCAGGAGGAAGCCGCAUACCAGGUCACUGGGUUCAGCCACCUCCUCCAGCGGAUGAGAUUUGGGCAUCCUACUUGGUGAAGCCUAAUUGAAUGGAUAUAUUUGGUCAUUUUUGCUAAAUUGUUUACCUGUAUCGUGUUUUCUUGUCCAUUCUGCUGGGAUAUGAGCUUCAGGAAAUGUUCAUAUUGAUUUACAGAGCUGAGGGAAGAUCUAAAGGCAACCAUUAGUGUAAAUUACAUUUACAUGAUGAUACUUGCAGGUCAACAUUGAAUGUACAGACACUGAAGAAGGAUAUUUAAGCUCCACCCACUCUGUAAUUGCAUUGUUUUACUGAUGUCAUCUCAUAUUUUUUUAGGGAGAAAGUGCCGCAUGAAUUUUCUCAGUUGUCUCUAUUUGUUCUUAAACCUCUCUAACUCUGGAUUUAUUUAUUUAUUUUGGUGAAAACUCUGGAUGUAUUUUUAUUUGUUCUCGUUUUUUGUUUCCUCUCGAGGGGACAGAAUAGCUAUUUGUAACGGUCAAUAUUUAAUGAUCAAUUUGAUAAGAUAA